GCGGGGGCGGGCGGGCCGCGGCGGGGCCUGGCGGGCGCGGGGCGGCGGCGGGGCCGGGCCGGGCAGGCGGAGCGGAGCGGCCGCCGCCGCGAUGGAGCCCGACUCGGUCAUCGAGGACAAGACCAUCGAGCUCAUGACAAGUCUGAGAAGGAAAACCCAUUCGAAUCCCCUUUCAUUCUGGAUUGGUGGAUCUGAAGCCCAGAAACAAAGUUUCAGCACUGACUGUGUGUAGCAAACACGCUUUGAUCUUCAGGAGCAGAGUGGGACAGCGUUAUCCAUCAGCCUCCUGUGAAUUCAGUGUCCUAUCUAGAGCAUCGCUGUGUGUUCUGUGCCAAGGUCUUUGUGGCUAGGCUGCUCCAACCUGGUAGAGAGCAUGUGCGCACUGAGAUGCCUGCAGAGCAUGCCCAGUGUCAGAUGUCUCCAGAACACGUCAGUAAUGGAGGAUCAGAAUGAAGAUGAGUCUCCAAAGAAAAAUACCUUGUGGCAGAUAAGUAAUGGUACUUCAUCUGUGAUUGUCUCAAGAAAAAGACCAUCAGAAGGAAACUACGAAAAGGAAAAAGACUUGUGUAUAAAAUAUUUUGACCAGUGGUCUGAAUCAGAUCAAGUGGAAUUUGUGGAACACCUCAUUUCCCGGAUGUGUCACUAUCAGCAUGGACAUAUUAACUCCUACCUGAAGCCCAUGUUACAGCGGGACUUCAUCACUGCACUGCCAGAGCAAGGCUUAGAUCACAUAGCAGAAAACAUCCUUUCCUAUCUCGAUGCCAGAUCCCUGUGUGCAGCAGAGCUGGUGUGUAAGGAGUGGCAGAGAGUCAUCUCGGAGGGGAUGCUGUGGAAAAAGCUCAUUGAGAGGAUGGUACGCACAGACCCGCUCUGGAAGGGGCUCUCGGAGAGGAGGGGUUGGGAUCAGUACCUGUUUAAAAACAGACCAACAGAUGGGCCCCCCAAUUCGUUUUACAGGUCCUUAUACCCAAAGAUAAUCCAGGAUAUAGAGACUAUAGAAUCCAACUGGAGGUGUGGGAGGCACAACUUGCAAAGGAUCCAGUGCCGCUCUGAGAACAGCAAAGGGGUCUACUGUUUACAGUAUGAUGAUGAGAAGAUCAUCAGUGGCCUACGAGAUAACUCCAUUAAGAUUUGGGACAAAACAAGCUUGGAAUGUUUGAAAGUAUUGACAGGACAUACUGGCUCAGUUCUUUGUCUGCAAUAUGAUGAAAGAGUUAUUGUAACUGGAUCUUCAGAUUCUACAGUGAGAGUCUGGGAUGUGAAUACAGGGGAAGUGCUGAACACGCUGAUCCACCACAACGAGGCCGUGCUCCAUCUGAGGUUCAGCAAUGGGCUGAUGGUGACAUGCUCCAAGGACAGGUCCAUCGCCGUGUGGGACAUGGCCUCCCCCACGGACAUCACCCUGCGCCGCGUCCUGGUGGGACACCGCGCUGCUGUCAACGUGGUGGACUUUGAUGACAAGUACAUCGUGUCAGCCUCAGGGGAUAGGACCAUCAAGGUGUGGAGCACCAGCACGUGCGAGUUUGUGCGGACCCUGAACGGGCACAAGCGCGGCAUCGCCUGCCUGCAGUACCGGGACCGCCUCGUGGUCAGCGGCUCCUCGGACAACACCAUCAGGCUCUGGGACAUUGAAUGUGGUGCCUGUUUAAGAGUAUUAGAAGGCCAUGAAGAGCUGGUUCGGUGCAUCAGGUUCGACAACAAGAGGAUUGUUAGUGGAGCCUAUGAUGGGAAAAUUAAAGUUUGGGACUUGCAAGCUGCUCUUGACCCUCGUGCCCCAGCAAGUACAUUAUGCUUGCGUACGUUAGUGGAACAUUCAGGACGUGUCUUUAGGCUCCAGUUUGAUGAAUUUCAGAUCAUUAGUAGUUCCCAUGAUGAUACAAUUCUGAUUUGGGAUUUCUUAAACGUGCCACCGAGUGCCCAGAAUGAGACCCGCUCUCCAUCUAGAACAUACACCUACAUCUCCAGAUAACAGUCUGCACUUUACUGCCCUCAGAAGGGUUCCACAGUCUUGAACUACUGGAUUUUUGGCUACUACAUGCCUGAAGAUGAUUGACAGCUAAAGUCAGAAUUGGUUCUAGAUGCUGUGUAGAUGCAAAGCAGCACAAUUCUAUAUCUAAAUUUCUUAACCUUUCCUGCUCUCAGUGGUCGUCUUUGAAUUUGCUACAAAUUCACAGACUUGGAGUAGAUGAGUUUCAGAAGCCUAUCCUUCCCCUGCUGUGAGAAAUCCAAAGCUUCACAUGUAAAUUGUCCGUAGAAACUGAACUCUGAUGGCUUGUUUUUCAGAUAUAAAUCAGAAGUCAAGAAAGGACUUGGCCUAAUUUAUAUUGCUUUGCACUUUUGUCUGACUUUAAAGGAAAAAAAAAAACAUUCUCCAGUGAAAUUUGGGUGCCAAACACAUGCCCAGAAUGUACAGAGCUUUGCUUUCCAGUCACCACUGUCCUUUAGGCGUUCCCCAUGGCAGGUUCAGAGCCCAUUCUUGUUCCAUAGGUGUACGUUGGACUCUUAGAAAUAUUUCUGAGUUGCUCAGUAAUAUUUUUGGAUUACAGUUUACUUGUUUCUGCACCAAUAAUUUCUUUUAAAUUAAAGAUUCCUUGUAAUUCAGGCUAGGUUAUCUGAACUAGUUGUGUAGCACUGUCUUUUCCUUUGCCCUGUGCUCUGUACUCACCGUCCUGCGCUUCCUGAUGUUUGCUGUAGUCCCCCUCCUUCCCUGUGUGCUUCCCUCAUCUCAGAUACUGUGUAAGCAUGUAGAUACCUUGUACAUAUAGCAGAGCCUCUGGUGCCAGCCUCAGGGUGUCCUGAGACUACACACUAACACUCAGCGUGGUGGCACUUGGCAGCAGGAUGUCUCGACCCCUGGCACUGGUGGUGACAUGGUUACCUAGACACUGUCUCUGCAAAAGGAGGUUUUCAGUAUUCAUUAGUUGGGUUUUUGUUUUGGUUAUUUUUUGUUUUUCUUUUUUUUUAUGGGAACUACAUAUUUUAAAAUGUAAUUUCUAAACUUUUUAAAAAUUAAAAACUGUUUAAUUUAUGUUCUGUAUCUUUAUAUUUUUGUGCCGCGGGAUUUGCAGCUGUGUGUCUCUGACACCAGUGGGGCCUCACAGCCCCUGCUGAUGUCCUCGGUAGCAUUAGUUUGGCUGCUCAGUGGAGAAGAUACCAUGGGCCAAAGUUCCAUUAUUUAUGUUUGAUUUGUGACAUUUCGUGAUGGUGAGAGGAGCUCGUUCCAGUCACUGCUCUACUUCCUGUACCAGUUCCGUGCUGGUGUCCCAGGAGGAUCAGCUGCCAUGUCCUGGCUCCUCCAUGCUUUUGUUAGGGAGCCUCCAUAGCUGCUUCUUCAGUUCUCAUAGUGUCCCCUGUCAUCCGUGUGGUCACACAAACCCCCUGCGUUGUCCUCGGGCCAGGAGGAGAUGUGGAGCAAUGCAAAGUGGAUUUUCUGUCGCGGCGGCCCCGUGGCUUCUCUGUGCCCGCGAGCGUGGGGCCGGCGUGCUCCCGGCUGUGCGGGGAGGGCUUGGCUGGCACGGGCUGUGCUGCCAUUCCCUGUCUGUGUCCGUCUCUGCUGUUCUGUGCUGGCAGCAGCUGUUGGCUCUAUGAGGUUGUUGCCUUUCCCUGUGCAGUCCCGGGGUGGGCGGUGCCGAGGGACAGUGGGGGAGCUCGAGGUGUCACCAGCCCAGCCCCUCGCAGGGGUCACUGCAGGGGCUCCCCUCCCCACCCUCCCCCUGUUACUCCAGCUAUUUAUUCACCCAGAUGAGCGAAUGUGAUGAAGUCCAGAAGAGCAAACUCGCUCCUGAGCGUCCAUAAGGUCACUUUUUGGUAAGCUUGACAGUAGUUCGUGCAAGUGUCUUACUUUACCCUUCUCAUCUAAUAGCUUUAAUAUUAAACUGUUUAAUAAAGAUCUGUUGCAGCCCUGAAGAAAAAGGUUCUUUGUUUCUGAAGAGCGGAGUCCUUUUUUUAAAAAUGCAUGUGUAAGAUUUAAAUUCCUGUUUUUCCUUGGGAGAUAAUGGUAUUUGGACAUGCCGUCUAAACUUCUUUGUGCUUUGUGUAACAUAGCAGUGGACUUUUGUGAUUGGCACCCAAGGAACUCGACUCCUGGGAUUCAUGGUAGUGAUCCUGGCUGCACUCUGGACUUUGUUUUGCUAACCAUAAUUGAGCAACUGUACAUUACUGCGAUAUUAAUGUUUCAAAGCACUGGGAUAGUCUAAUUCUAACUUGUAAUUAUGUUUGCCAAUUAUCUGUUUGGAAAGUUGGUGUAUGAACAGCUUCUUGAAACUGUUAAAUUGUACAGAUAUCGUUCAUGAUCUAAAGCUUUGUACUGUGGAAUGUGCUUAAUAAAAAAAGUUUGAACUUAA